ACUGAUAUUAUUUUGAAAAGCCCCACUGAAAGCACGCCAUCAUCGAUAGCGCCAUCGGUGCCACCGCUAGUACAACAUUAAAGUCGUCAAAUAGAAACAAUAAAUAGGAAUAGUUUUAGAUUUGUGUGCAUUUAAUUUUUCUUUGUUUGUUACGAUCGAAAUUCUGUACAAAAUAUUACUGUUAGAUACCUGCUGCAGCGCUGGAAGAACGGUGAAAAGCACAAGGUGGCAAUUGAGCUUGCAUUUGGACACCUUUGUCAACGCGAUUGGAACUUACACAUACUCGCAGACUGGGAGAACGGAAAGAACAGACGGCGGAAGAGUGUGAAAAAGAGGCAAACAAACAACCGUGCGAUAACAACAACAAUAGCCAGCGAGCGCAGCGCCUCCAGCAAAUGGAAAUGGCCAACAUGAUCGGCAACAACCACAGCGGGGGCAACAAAAACAGCGGCGUCGGCGGCCCCAACUACAACAACAGUUACAACAGCGUGGCUGACAGUGGACACAACAGCACCGGAGGCGGUAGCGGUGGCGGUGGCGGCGGCAGUGGCACUGGCACUGGCGAAACUCCCAGGCUCCGCGACAUUCUGAAUGUUGGCGGGCCAUACCAGAUCCCAGCAGGUGGCUGCGCCUACGACAUCAUCAUCGACCUAAUGCGAGGCCUCGACCUGCAGGACGACGGCAUUGUGAUGAACUCCAAGAUCAAGACCAUUGAGACUGACUUCUGCAACAUUGUGCGCGACGAGUCGAUGCUGUGCGAGUCCAUGGAGUACCUGAACGACAAGGCGCUGGGAGACGGUGACACUGCGCUCAAGUUCGCCCUGCUCUUCUCCUCUCGCAACUUCGAUGCUCUGGCGAUGAAGGACACCAAGGUGCGCAGCGCCAUGCUGAAGAUCCUCGAGACGAACUUCCUCAACGCAGACACAUAUCGGGUGCACGACAAGAACCGGCUGUACAACUCCAUAACGCUGCUGGGCGAGUACUACCACCGGGUGCGCCUUGCGGACAAUGCUCCAAUCACAAUCCUAGGGGUGUCCCUCCUCGACCUGCUCACCCGCGAACUUACAGACGUCGGUGUGGUGGUGAGCACUCGUCUGGCACGCCUGGUCCUGUCACAGAUCACGCUCAACGGCGAGAUCAUGCGCUCGCGCCACAAGGCUGAAAUCGACCUGCUGCUGUACCACGUCCGGCGCCACCUGAUUCUGCAGCCCGCGCUGACCGCCAAGGUGAAGGCCAUGCUGCUGAUGGUCCUGGAUUUGUUCUACAGUCACUUCAAGCACAUCGGCAACGAUCUGGAGGCCAUGUACACAAGCUAUCUGGUGGUGGAGGAUGGGGAGGACGACUGCGUCAAUAAUAACGGGUCGGGGCUUCAUCCGAAGGACGAAAACCACCAGCUCCAGCAUCAACAGUCUGAGAACGGCAGCAGUGCGAAUACCUCUGGCCAAGACCCCGACACAUUCGAUCCGCCGCCGACGACAAAGAAGUGGAGCGAGCAAGUUUGCGAGGACUCUUUCUGCGACAUCGGCUACGGCGAGGUGGAGCAGAGCGAGGAGCGCUAUUCGGAUGCAGCACCACAGCCAUAUCCUGCCAACAACACGGGCCCCCAUCGGCACGGACGUCGCAGCUAUCAGCCGCGCCAGGCGCCGCGACCACUAAAGACACAACAGCCAGCCAGCACAGACACAAACUCCGACCAGUAUCCAUCCAUGGCUAGCAGCGAGGAUCGCGACGAGAGCAAGCCGCUGCCGAGCUGGCGAAAGACGCGCUUCAACCGUAAUCACGACGGCGACAGCAACGGCCGUUCCCGCGACCAGCAGAGGCGUUAUAGCGCCAGCUUUGACGACGAUCAUCACAGCGUCCGUAGCGAGGGCACCGGCAACUUGCGGCUGUACAGCAUCCACGACCGAAGGAAACACUCCCAGGAGCGGCACGAGCGCAACAUGAGCGGAGGUGGAAACUACAACAGCAUAGUCAAUUCCAACUGGGACCAGCGCGAUAGGGACGACCGCAGCGAGCGCUCCUACAUUAGCAACUACGAGCGUGGCAAUGCCUACAAGCGUGGCGGCCGUUUCCAAAACCGCAACACCUACGACAAGCCGCCGCGCUUCCAGAAACAACAGCAGCAGCAGCAAGGCCAGCAGCCACAACAUCAGCCACAGGGUGGCCCCCAGAAGAUUCAUAGCGACACCUGGCGUCGCUCCAACACGGCCAUCAAUAGUGGCUACCAGGAUGAGAACUGUGCCUACAACUCAAACGGCCAAGAGUCGAAUAGCCGCAGCUCCUCCAGAGCACGCACCCUUCCACGCCCGUCGAAGAUGGACAAGUCUGGUGGGUAUCGGUACAACCAGAGUCCCACGCGUGGGGGAGGAGGAGGAGGUGGCCCGAGGUUCCCGCGCUACAGUAGCCAGAGCAGCUUGGCCAGUGAGGCGUCCAGCACGUUUGACCGCCGCCAGCAGACCUCGCCGCAGCAUCCGCACCAGCGACACCGCCACUUCACGCGCCGCUCGCAACCCGAUAUCCAUCAGCCCCAGAACGAGGAUAAGAACUGGCAGGGUGGUCCGCAGGGGGGCGGUCAGGAGCAGCAGGCGGCCGGCAAGGAGGAGAGCGAGCUGGUGCGCAACGCCCAGCAGACAACCAAGUACAUGAACUACCUGUCGUCGCAGAAAUGACCUCCGCACCGCCGCCGCCACCGCCGCCAGGGCAGAAAAGUACAUUUGUAAACUAGUUAUUACUGUUUGUAUGGAAAAAGUCAGUUUCUUCCAUAACUACUCAAAAAUGUUUUUUCAAUUUGUUUCUCUCAUUGCUUCCUAAACAGUUCAUCCUCAGAUUAUUUUCCGCAAAGGAGUUAUCCCCACUAUAGGUGUUAUACAACCUCCCAAACCUGAGCUCAAAUGUCAAACCAAAUCAACAGAAAUCAGACUCAACUCAAAACAAGGCUCAAUACAGAAAGAUGCAUUAAAGCAAUCCAAUCCACAAAUCCAUUACACACAUUGGAAGCCGAUCACUCUGUAAAUACCAAUCUAUAUAAUAUAUAGAUGUCAACAUACCACUUGCAUGGCCUACACAAGCAUACACACGAAUCCAUUUUUAUAUUUAUAUAUACAAACUGCUUAGGAACUAAGUACAAACUCCAAGAAAAAUCCUAUCAAAGCCUGUUACACAAAUGUUAAAUGAGAGUUGAGAGCAUAUAAAAAUGUAUUUUAGCUAAAUAUAUACAUAUAUAUUAAAUGUCAUGUUAUAGUGCAGGUUCAGAAAAUUUAUUAAACGAAUUAUACAAACAUACACAAAAGGUAUUUUUUAAAGAAAAUUUUGUGAGGCCCUUUGUUGGAACAACGAAGUCAAGCCAAAUGCAGAGAAAAUAAUAUAUGUAUGUUCUAGAGUUAUACGCGUAGUCAUAUAUGAAUACUUAAAACCACUGUUUAGAACCACAAUCCCCGAUGUUCGCAACAUACGUAGGAUCAAAACAUUAAUCAGAUUAUUCAUAGCGUCUAACACAUUUUUUAAAUAAAACAAAAAAUAUAUGAAGAUGAAAA